CCAUCUCCCUCUGCCUCCUGAGUGUUUGGAUCGAAGGCAUAUGCCACCACCAUCUGGCUUCGUAGCCAACUUCUUAGUCAGAGCUUUACUCUGAGUAAAGCUGAUGAAUACGCUAAAUUCUGCCACUCUUAAAAGUCGACUGUGAGUCCCACUCCUGCUGUCAGCUUGGCCUUCAUCUCAGUAGAGCUUGGAUCACCUGCAACUCCCCCGGAGCUUGGCCUGCUGAAUCUGUGGGAGGUUGGGCUUGACCCCCGGGACACAAUUUCAGGACGGACCAAUUGAUGCCCACACAAGAGUAUACCACCGAGGGUUCUUGGUCGUUUACGUAAAUCUGAUUUCUGUUCGAGACUGCUCUAUCAACUUUAUCAUCAUCCCCGCUGGCUUGGUCCCUCCAGUUUAUGAUAUCAGUUCUAACCAUUCACCCGCGUGCGGACCGUCUGGCACAACGGAACUGAACUCAGGGACGAGUCUAGAGGCGACCCGGAAGACAGUGCUUGCACACAUCCGUCAGGGCAGGACUUUCUGACCGUUGACCCGGAAGCGCUUAUGGUAGCCCCUCGGGAUUCCGGGGUCCCAUCAUGGUCUUCCUUACGACGCGGCUCUGGCUACGGAACCGCCUCACAGACCGCUAUUGGCGGGUUCAGGAGGUGCUGAAACAUGCUGGGCAUUUUAGGGGAAGGAAGAAUCGCUGCUACCGGCUGGCCGUCAGGGCGGUGACCAGAGCCUUCGUUAAGUGUACGAACUCCCGCAGACUUAAGAAGCGGAACCUGAGGACCCUCUGGAUUAAUCGAAUUACAGCUGCCUCCCAGGAACAUGGCUUACAGUACCCAGCAUUUAUUCUCAACUUAGUUAAGUGCCAGGUGGAGCUCAACAGGAAAGUACUUGUGGACCUGGCCAUCUAUGAACCAAAGACGUUUAAAUCUUUGGCUGCUUUGGCUAAGAGGAGGCAGCAGGAAGGAUUUGCUGCAGCUUUGGGGGAUGGAAAGGAGCCUGAAGGUAUCUUUUCCAGAGUGGUACAAUACCACUGAAGGCUGCAGUGCUAUAGAAACUGUUAAAAACAAGAUAGGACCAAAAGGAUUGUCACCAGUAAGUCUGAUUUGUAUUUAUUUACAUUUUAGCAACAGGCCUGAGACAACAGGUGUUUACUCAGUGACACAGCCCCAAACUGUCCUGUAAAGAAUGUACAAAUAAAGUUUUUGCAGUGUUGAA